UGUCAAUAAAGUUUUUUUUUCCCGGCCGCGGUGCACGCCGGGUAGGUCAUACAGUGUGCUGGGCUUCCCAUGUGUUGGCGCCGGUGACAGUGAGCGGAGAAGAGCCGGACACCAUGUACCCCGCCGCCGCCCGCUGCUGCCUGAGAGCGAGGAACGCCGCCUCCGGCCUGUGCAGGUUAGAGGCAGUGAGGUAUUUACGGACGUCCUGCGCGCUAAGGAACAACCCUUUACUCACGCCAGAUUUGGACAACGCGCCCAAACAAUACCCACCCAAAAUCCACCAGCUGGUUGACCAAAUAGCAUCCCUGACUCUGCUAGAAGUCUCCGACCUCAACGAGCUGCUAAAGAAAACCCUCAAUAUUCAGGAUGUUGGUAUGAUGCCAAUGGGUGCCAUGAUGCCAGGAGCAGUGGGUGCAGCAGCACCAGGGCAGGCUGCGGAGGAAGAGGAAGAGCCGGCCAAGAAAGAAAAGACGCAUUUCACUGUAAAACUGACAGAGCUGAACGCUGUGGAGAAAGUGAAACUCAUCAAAGAAGUGAAGAAUUGUGUACCGGGGGUGAACUUAGUGCAGGCCAAGAAGAUGGUGGAGUCUCUUCCACAAGAGAUCAAAACCAACGUCUCCAAGGAGGAAGCGGAGAAGAUAAAGGCGGCCCUGGAAGCUGCGGGAGGGAAGGUGGUUCUGGAGUGAAGCCUUCGGACUCUUUGUGACGUUGCAUCGGAUGACCGCUUGGGGUCGUCUUCUACAAGUCUCCGCUCUACAGGCCAAGCAGGGGGCAGUUCUCAGAAAUGGAAUGUACUCUUGUGUCCUAAGCCAUCGAAACGCGUGGGAGGACCACCCAAGGCCUUCACCUCAUACUCCCAAUGGGGACGCCCCUCCCCCCUCCUCCCAUUUUUAUGGGCUGGGUGGGGGGGGGGUACAGCUUUUGUUAUUUUUCUUCCCUCCUGUGUACCUUGACCUCUAAAGCACUUAAAUGUGUAAUCAACAGUUCAAUGUUUCAUUAUCUAAUCUUGUUUUAUACAUUAAACUCCUACCUUGAA